CAGACACCGGCCUCCCUCCCCGCCCGGGGAGGCAGGGCGGAGGCGGGGAAGCCCCGCGCCACGCCGGCGCUCGCAGGCCGCGCCCGGGGGCGGUGCGGGGCGGUGCGGGGCGGUAGGUUCUCCCCACGCAGCCCUCCACGCCGGGCUCCCACCUGCCCGGCGCCAUGGGCGAGCCCAGCCGGCAGGACAUCGCCGCCAUCUUCAAGCGUCUCCGCUCCGUCCCCACCAACAAGGUGUGCUUUGACUGUGGAGCAAAGAACCCUAGCUGGGCAAGCAUAACAUAUGGAGUUUUCCUCUGUAUUGAUUGUUCAGGGACCCAUCGAUCUCUUGGUGUCCAUUUGAGUUUCAUUCGAUCUACAGAACUGGAUUCCAACUGGUCUUGGUUCCAGCUGAGAUGCAUGCAAGUUGGAGGGAAUGCGAAUGCUUCUGCUUUUUUCCAUCAACAUGGAUGCACAACAAAUGAUACCAAUGCAAAGUAUAACAGUCGUGGUGCUCAGCUUUAUAAGGAGAAGAUUAAAUCUCUUGCAACACAGGCAACAAGAAAACAUGGGACUGAUCUGUGGACAGAUGGAUGUGGAAUGCCACCUGUGUCACCUCAAAAGAAAGAGGAAGAUUUCUUUGCAUCCCAUGUUUCUCCCAAGGCAAAGAACACAGAGUGGGUGUUAUCAGAGCCAGAACCAGUUUCCCUACAGCAGAAAGCUUCAGAAAAUAUUCCAGAGUGCUAUGAAGGACCAGAACAUGGACCGAGUGUUGAUUGCCUUAGUACAUCACCAAAAGCUGCAUUAGAGAACACCACCUUCAUAAAAAAGAAGCCAAAUCAAGCUAAGAAGGGGCUUGGUGCCAAAAAAGGUGGUUUGGGAGCACAAAAAGUGAGCAUCCAAAGCUUUAAUGAGAUUCAAAAACAAGCACAAGCUGUAGAUAAAAUGAAGGAACAAGACAAUCUUCAUAGCAGUAAGAAAACUGAGAAGGAAGAGCCGCUCUGUAUGUUUUGUCCUAGCGUAUCCUCUUUACGGCUGGCCUACAGAGAUCUUGAUAUUAAAAUGAAAGAAGAGAAGUUAAAUCUAUCUGGUAAGAAGAAAGAUGAGUUGGAGAGACUUGGCAUAGGAUUUGGGAGCAGCAGAAGUGGCAUUUCUCACUCAGUCACCUCAGAUAUGCAAACAAUAGAGCAGGAAACACCUGCAGUUGCAAAGCCGAAGAAGAAGUAUACUGAUGAUCUGGAAGACUCAUACUUCUCUUCAAGGUACUAUGAUUCUUCAGAUUUGAGGAGCAGCACUUUCUCUAAAUGGGAUGACAAUUCAGAUUCUUUCUGGAAGAAAGAAAAUAAUAGUAGAGAUACUGAUCUAAUGUUAACUUCAAAAAGUACAGGAUUUUCAGACAGGCCUGCAUCUCGUCGUAAGCCUGAUUAUGAACCACCUUUAAACACAGAUGAAGCCCAAAAAAAAUUUGGCAAUGUAAAAGCCAUUUCAUCAGACAUGUUCUUUGGGAGGCAAGAUCAGGCUGAUUAUGAAGCAAGGGCUCGACUAGAAAGACUUUCUGGGAGCUCUUCUAUAAGUUCAGCUGACCUAUUUGAAGAUCAGAGAAGACAAUCAACAGGAAGCUACAACAUUACAAAUGUCUUGCCUUCAGCUCCCGAUAUAGCUCAGUUUAAACAAGGAGUGAAAUCAGUGGCUGGAAAACUUUCUGUACUUGCUAAUGGGGUCAUGACAUCUAUACAGGAUCGAUAUGGUUCAUAACAUCUUUUGUAUCGACAUAAUUAAGUACACUAAAGAAGGAUUUCUCUUCAGAUACACAAGUAAUCACGCUGCUGAUUCAAAAUGAAGGUUGCCUUAAGACUGUUGAUGUUUUCACUUGUUCCAGCAUAUUCCCUUGUGCAGCUUUCUGGCUCAGCCUCCUCUGCCUGCCAUUUCAUCUUUACAGAGCAGAAAUCUUGUUACAUUGCGUAUGUUGUUUUAUUCCCCUUCCUUUACAGUCUUGUAUUUCUUAGUGACCUUAAUGUUAGAUGUUGGAAGCUUUAUUUUAUUACUGGUUUUGGCUGUGAGGCAGGAAAGAGAAAGUGUACGUUGGAAAUGAGGUUUUCUAACAGAAACCUCAGUGCAGCUGCAUCCCUUACUCACUAGACUUAACUUGUCUUGACUGUCUUACCAGCUCUGGAGAAGAAAAUGUAAAUGAAGCAUAUGCUGAGGUGGUAUUUAGUGGACUGUAGCAAAAUACAGAAUUAAGUUAAACCCGCACUUAUCAGAAAGUAGAAGCUCUUGCAGUCAUAAAUUGAUGUGCAUUAAAAUGAUGGGGCAUUAGUGUUUUAAAACAAUAUUCCUGCUAGAAAAUUGUAUGCUUAGAUGUGAGGUAUGGAGAAUUCAAGACACGUGGUUUAUUGAAUAUACUGGAUUUCAUCUUCUGAUGGGAACCAUCUAUUUAUUCCUAGUUUUGAGAGUUACAAAAAAUUGCAAUAUAGAACCCUUAAGUGCUUUUUAAAAAUCUGCAUUGUGUACAAAUUGAAAAAAAAUAUAUAAAAGGCCUAAUAGAGUAGUUAAUGAAAUACUUGUUAAAAAUUGUUAAAACAAUCUUAGUUUUUUAAAUUAUGAAAUAUUGAAUUAGGAAAUAGUGGGGCUGUGUUUUAGACAGUCUAGAAUUUAUUACUGAUGACAUUCUAUAUAAAAAAUUAUUAUGACUUAAAGAAAAAAAACCUCACAACCAAGAUUGAGCUCAAGGUAAUUCUGUUCUCUAACUUUGUUUCUUAAUUCAAAUUUGUAACCUGCUGAUACCUAAUAAAAACAAUUGAUACAAA